UGACUUUGACGCAAAGUGACGUGACGUUUGACGUUAGUAUAAAAAAAAACGACAUCGAAUAAAUAUUUACUCAUCCAUUUCAUUGUGUAAAAUAAAAUUGUAAACAAAUAGAAAUUUAAACAUUCAAAGACUAUAUUAUCCGAGAAAGAAAUUUUUUAUGAGUUGUACUUAGUUUAACCUAAUAUUGGAUUUAUUUGUUAGAAAACUACAUUAAACGUUCCAUCAUGCAGGAGGAACACAGAAAGGCUAUACAAAGCAACUUUAUUUCUCUAGUAGAACAAACUGAUUUGGACCUAAUGGUGUCUUCUUUGUAUGAAAAAGGUGUAUUUUCUGAGCAAAUGAUAGAGCCAUACAAGGACACCAAUAAAGAUGUUAGAUCACGCAAACGGCUUCUCUACAUGGAUUUGAUGCGGCGUGGCCCAGAUGCCUUUGGUCAUCUUGUGGAUGCACUCUCUGAGGCCGGCUACUGGGACCUGGUGCGAGAGCUGGACCCUGACAGCUCCCUGCACAUACGGUCGCCGAGGAACCCUGUGCCAAGUACUAGUGAAUAUUCUCUCGAGAGCGAUUACGUUAGUUUGAGUGACAAGAAGAAAAAAUCGAAAACUGGAGAAACAAGUAAAACCGUGUUGGAUCCAUUGCCAGAACCGUUGCCUUCCAGCAAGGAUAUGCCAGACCCUUCAAGAAUUCCACAAUUCCAUGUUGUGAAGUCAACUAAAUUUGCUGAAUACAAUGGUGGUGACAUCAAGCUUUACCGCACGCGCGGCCGCAACCGCGGCUUCCUCGUGGUCUUCAGCUACAUCGAGUUCCCCAACAACAUGGAGCCCUACCGCUACGGCGUGGACGUGGACUGCAAGAACCUCAAGUACCUGUUCACUGAGCUGGGAUUCAGGGUGCUGUCCUACCAGGACCUGACCAGGAGCGAGACCCUGGACACGCUGAAGUUCCUCAAGGACGUGAUCGUGGACACGGAGUGCGUGUUCGUGGUGGUGUCGUCGCACGGCUACGAGCUGACCGGCAGCAGCGACAACGAGAUCCGCUGCCACGACGGCAAGCUCGUGCGCAUCUCCGAGAUCGUGGACCACUUCAACAACAAGAACUUCCCCGCGCUGCGCGACAUCCCCAAGGUGUUCAUCUUCCAGCUGUGCCGGGGCUCCAACGAGGACUACCUGACGCGGCCGCGCGCGGGCUGGGCGGGCGGCGCGGGCGGGGCGGGCGGCGGCGCGGUGGCGGACGGGCAGGCGCGCGCGCCGCGCCACGCGCCGCCGCCCGAGCCGGCGCCGGGCCGGCCGCGCGACCGCGUGUAUUCCGACAUCCUCAUCGCGCACUCGACGCUGCCGGGCAGCGUGUCGUACCGCGACGGGCUGGCCGGCAGCUGGUACAUCCAGACGCUGUGCGCCGUGUUCGCGGCGCGCGCGCACGACUGCCACGUGGAGAAGCUGUUCACGCUGGUGGACAUGCAGCUGCACGCGCACUUCCACAUCCAGACCUCGUCCGUGGACCGCUGGGGGUUCAACGACCGCCUCUACCUGCACCCCGGACUCUACGAGACGUAGGUGCGACCGAUGUGACUUGUGACCCCAACCCGACACCUUGUAUUGGAAUAUCUUCAACAUUUACACUAGUAUCUAUGUAUAAAUAAAUAAAUGCAUAAAAUAUAAAAAAAAAUGUAAUGUAAGUUAAUAAUGUACAUUUUAGUUACUAAGAUAAUUAUUAUUAUUUUACACAUAUAAUUCAUACUAUAUUUUAAAGACAAUAAAUUAAAUAUUUAUUCAAUAUCUAUACUAAUAUUUUAAAGAAGAAAUAUUGUGUAACGAAUAAACUCAAAUACUGUUGGGCUGAUUAGAAAUUUUCUUUCACCAAUAGAAAGCUACAUUAUCAGUGAGUGACACUGCUAUAUUUUAUCCUCGUAUUCCCUCAUAAGGGAAGCUGCGCGAGUAAAUCCAUGAAGUGGUGCUAUCAUUCAUUAUACAACUAGCGGACGUACGCGUGAAAUUCCGUUUUCACAAAUGCCCAGAAAACAUGUAUUUUACGGGAUAAAUAUGUUGCUCCUCCUCUAUCUGCCGCUGAAAGUCCCAUUAUAAUCCGUUCAGCUGUUCCAAUUUUUAGCCCAGACAAACAGAUAGACAAAUAUUUAAAAAAAGUUGGAUUAUGUUUUAGUAUCGUGUAAAUAGCUUUAAUACAACACAGUAAUUUAGAAUUCGCAGACAGACACUUAGUAUUUUUUUUUUAAAGUUCACACUUCUUAAAAACACACUUCAAUAUUGUUUAUAAAUGACAUAUUGAUUUGUUUUGUGUGGUAUAGUAUUAUAAGCUUAUAAUUGAAUAUACUGUUUAAUGUAUUUAUUCUAUAGUACAUCUAUAGAUAAAAGAAAACAAGCAUGCAGUCUGCCUGUCAACUAUAAUUAAGUAAUUUACCUGUAAACUUAACAUAAUUAACCAAUGCAUUUUAAUGGAAGGCUAUAUAACGCAUUUACACUUUCAAUAAUAAUAUUAAAAUGUAUAAAACAACAAUAUUUCUCUAGGACGUGAUUGACUAUGACUAUAACACAAAGUGUUCUAUAGAUAUUUUUUACAUUUUUGAUAGAUAUGUAUUUUAUAAGCUUGAAUUAACGAUGUAAGAGUGCGAAAACUUUAUAAAACAUUUAUUUGACUUAUCUACAUUCUAUAAAUACUUAUAGUUAAUGUACAUGUAGAGUAUGUAACCCCAGGAAAAUAUUCUGUAAAUAAAUAUUAGCUAAGGUUAUAAUAUCUCAAGCUUGCGCUGCUUAUUAUAAAGCAGAAAGUGAUUGCGGUUUAUACUUUUUAGUGUUACUCGAGCGUCGCGGUUUUUUUCUCAUUUAUGUAUCUUUCUUUUUAUUGUUUGACAAUGCUUAAUAAUACAAAACACUAUUAAAACCAAUAAAUAAAAUAGCUCUCCCGUUGCGGGACAUUUUGAGUGCCCAGAGUUAGGAACCUCCUCACAAUGCGUGCCGUCAUAAGAAUCACUGCCUUCUGUAUCUGACCCUUAAUCCAACUGUGAAGCGAAAGCUUCAUAAGGUGUCGAAACUUUUCGCUAUAAUUCUAUAGUAGGUACUCUCAUACCAUUGACUUAAACGACUAUCGGAAUUCGGAACAAUUAUAGUUGACUCAACAUUCCACAUGGCGGUGAUCUCGUGAGCAAGGUAUUUUGAUACUUUUUCUUUUUCAACUUUAACCAGAUUAUCGUCAGUUAUCAAUGACCGAUCGACCAGCACCAGGUCCAUUUGUUUGUUUGGUUGAACGCGCUAAUCUCAGGAACUACUGGUCCGAUUUUAAAAAUUCUUUCAGUGUUAGAUAGCUCACUUAUCGAGGAAAGCUAUAGGCUAUCGAUAAUCGUUUGGUCCCAGUAGAGCAAUGCACUGCUGUUUAUGAUAAGAAUAAAUGGUUCGGUAAAAGUUAAAUAAUAUUUUUAAUUUCAGUUCAAGUUCAAAUCUUGCUGAAAUCGUCAUAUUAUAUUAAAAACUUGGUCAUUUUCGCAUAUCGUAAAGUUACCCACAAAUCGACAGAUUUAGGAAAUGCUCAAUUUUUAGUGUAACUAAACAACCACAUAAUCUAUGGCGCUCGAGUAAAUCCAAAAUCCCCUCGUGGGCUCCUCUGCCCAGCUGUAUGAGAUUCGAUAAUAAAUAAUUAUAUUUUGUGCCAAUAGUCUAAACAGUAAUAGUCAUGUUUAGAUUUUUAUGUAUUAAAUAGGUAUAGUCUCUCCAUUCAGAACAAUAUUGGUGCUGCACAUGAAAUUGUAUCGGUGGAAAUGAAUAGCCUACUAUUUGGGAGGGUUAUCAACUGAGUCGUCGGGCCAUCAAUCAUUGCCCCUUCUAUUAUUGACAUUUAUGGCAUCACAACUCAGUUGAUAACGCGCAGAGUAGUAGGCUAAACUAUAGGCAUAGGGAAAUGAUUGUUCGACGAGUCUAUGAAUUGACUGGUUGCUAGAACGUUUGUAUGUAUUACCAGAUAUGCAUUUUUUUAGAAGCGAUUGCUCAAUCAAUGUUUAUGGAAUUAUAUCAUGUAUCAAGUAUUUUUGUACUUUGCAAUACAAUAUUUUUAUAUUAUGAAAAUAAACACUUUAUUAUAUAAAAAAA